AUGGAUGUUGUGGAAACUUUACUGCUGUGGAUUUUAUCUGGAUGUUUAUUGUUUAAUGAAACUCAUGCGCAAAUUGGGAUAAAUGGUUGUCCGAGUAGCUGGGUGCUGUUUGAAUCUCAUUGUUAUGGCUUCAUCACUGAUAACCCCAAAAUCUUGGAAGAGGCCGACUCUUCUUGUUGGACAAAAGGUGCCCGACUUCUAACAGUGAACUCAGAAUCCGAACACCAGAUGAUAUCACGUUACCUUACCGAGAAUGACAUCGUCUUACAGUCCACAUGGUACACAAGCGGAUAUUACGUCACCAAUGGUAUACGGUGGGGGAGUGGUGACGUCAUUUUUGAUGUUAACAUCAACGACUUUUGGAACGCCCCUCCGAAUACAAUGUCUCGCCUGUAUAAUAAAAUUGCAUACAAAUAUGGCAAUGGGCGAUGGAUCUACGGCUGGGCGCUGGUGUCUGGAAGUCAGCACCACAACUACAUCUGUGAAAUGCCGCUAGCAGACGUUCAUUAUAUGGACGUGCUCAAUCGGGAUUAUGACUAUGGUCAGGGUUUAGUAAACACGAAGGACCUAUCACGUGGUCCAAUGAUGACGUCAGAGCCUCGUGAUGUUGUGGUGUUCGGUGAAGGAAUGGGGACUUCCAUUGCCAUUGAGUGUCAGGCAUCCGGUCAACCUGCGCCGAGAUACACGUGGUAUCGUGGAAAUGAUACGCUGACUGCAAAUGACAAUGAAAGGUACACUAUAUCCGGUGGCAAGUUAACAAUACAGAGUCCCCAGCAAGUCGCAGAUUCCGGGGAGUAUCGAUGUAAGGCAGAUAAUGCUGUCGGUACCAUACUGAGUCGACCUGCGGUUGUGCAGUUUGGAUUUUUGCACACUUUUUCCCCUGUACGACCGGACGACCAGGCCGGAACCAUGUUUGAGGGUGUUAGAAUCAGCUGUCUUGCACCUGCUUACAGUCCAGCUGUACGUUUUGGUUGGUUCAAGAACCACAACACUCACAACUACAUAUUUCCCGGCCACCCGGUCCACUUCAUCUCUCAGUCCGGCUACCUCUACUUUUCUGAAGUCCAGCCGAGCGAUGACCGGACAUACUACUGCGUUGUCACCCUCGUACCGCCCUAUGACUACAACGUGGACACAACUCUAGCACCAAGCAGAGUUGGACUUGGAACGAAACUUAUUUUAAGGCCCGGAAAGACCGACAACAAUUACGGCCCCAUAAUUCACACCCAUACUUUCCCUACACCUACAUUGCUGGGCAGUCUUGUUAGAUUGGAAUGCAUUGCUUAUGGCUCGCUACCACUGUCAUAUAGCUGGCAUCGAGCAAAUGGUGUAAGGAUGGUAAAAGGAACAGCAUUGAGCGAUAGAAACCGCGUGUUGACGAUUCCCCACGCUCCACUAGAAGCGGAAGGCGAUUACAUUUGCAAGGUGACCAGACAAGGUGUCAAUUCGGAGAUUGCAACUAUAUCUCUGCUGUUAGAAACGAAACCAUACUUCGCAGACCCGAUCAAGAACAUGUUGGUUGACCCGAGCUCGGACAUUGUUUGGAGAUGUAAGGCAGUAUCCAGACCGACAGCCACAUAUUCUUGGUAUAAAGAUGGUGUCCUCUUGCGAAAUGACCCAGGAAAGUUAGAGGUGGCGGGGAACGAGUUGACCAUUAGAAGCGUGGACAGGACCGACCAGGGCGUAUAUCAGUGCGGGGCUACCAACAGACACGGAACAGCCCUUAGUACAGGGGAACUCAAGAUUCUUUCGUUUGCGCCUAACUUCGACCAGUUCCCCAUGAAACCCUCCCAAAUGGCGGCUCUCGGGGGCACCACUUUGAUAUCGUGUGAAGUGCAGGGUGCCCCACACCCUCGUGUCGAGUGGCUAAAGGAUGGGGGUCCCCUUGGCUUGAUCCCCGGGGACGUGAGCGGACGGCUGAAGAUGGGCGUGAACUUUGACCUCCGAAUCACGGAAAUAGGGGUCUCCGACAGGGGACUUUACACGUGCAAAGCGUCGAACGUGAAUGGAGAGGCACAUAAUACAACUUUUCUAACAGUUGUUGACGGUGUGAUCAUUGACCGUCCGCCGGUCCCAACGGAAGUGACAGUCAACAGGACGGCUUUUCUCUACUGCGCAGCGUCACAAAGCGCUUCCGGUCUUGACGUCACGUACCGAUGGUCCAUGAACGGCCACCAGAUCAACACAAGGACCAAUCCGAAUAUCAUUGAGGGUAAACGAGAAGGUAUCACGGGAAUCUAUAUCCGUGAAGCCACAUUUAACCUCGAGGGCGAAUACGGAUGUGAGGCCAUUACGCCACUGCAAAUCGAGAAGAAGUCAGCUUAUCUUACAGUUAAAGGUCCACCAGGAGCACCUGCCGGAUGUUACGUCGACGGUGAAUCAGUGACGUCAUCAACAGCGCGAGUGAUUUGGACGGUCUCAGCUGGUUUAGAACACGGGGCGCCCAUUAACUCGUACGAUAUUGAGGCUGACACACUUUAUGAUCCCGAGAAAUGGGUUGUCAUAGCAACAGACAUCCCGGAAAACACCGCGGUAGAGGCGGCGGCUGCUGCCGGCGGUCGGGCAGACCAGCGGACCGCGACGCUUAAUGACCUGGUUCCAAACACCAGUUACCGAUUCCGGGUCAGGGCGGUCAAUGGGUUCGGUCGUGGGGCGCAGGCCAGUAAACCGUCAGUGUAUAUUCGGACGUGGUCCACUGCUCCAUACCGAGCUCCGGACAACGUUGGCGGAGGGGAUGGCAAGGUGGGGACACUCAACAUGUCCUGGACGCCGCUUCCAGAAUCGGAGCAGUGUGGACCAGGGAUCGGUUACAAUCUGUACUGGAAACGAAACGCCACCAGAGAACGUUACGUCUGGCAAUCGGUGAAAUUACCCGGUGACGUCAGCAUGUACUCUGCGCUUGUGGGUACCGAGAACUACUAUCUGCCUUAUGACGUCAUAGUGGGCGCCUAUAAUGACCUUGGGAACGGACCCAAUUCCUCGGUCGUCACUGUGUACUCCGCCAUGGCAAUGCCGGACGUGGUUCCAAUGAUUUCGGACGUGAGCGGCAUCAAUAUUUCAACCUGUGUCGUCAGUUGGGACCCCAUACCCGACACCAGGGAACACAUCAAGGGGCGCAUUGGAGGGUACACGAUCCAGUACUACUGGAACGACCAGGGCUGUAAUCCAAUGACCGGAUGUGAAGUAACCAAUCUGCGUACACGGAACAUCUACGGACAGACGGACAACGUGAUGCUCAUUGAUCUGGAGGCAAACUCUGAGUUGUUCUUCCGGUUGCAGGUCUUCAACUCCGCCGGCCGCGGACCGAAAGGGGAGUGGCGUCGAGGGGAGACGGCCACCAAUGCACCUCUGAACUAUCCCCAUUUCGUGAGUCUGUCGUCACACGGCACCAACAGCGUCCGAGUGAGCUGGCAAGGAAUCAUGACCAGCACCAACGAGGAAAUUAUCACUGGUUAUAAGGUGAAAUGGUGGGAGGUACAGUCUGAUAUGAGGCACGCCAAUGAGACUUCAUCGGACCUUCUGGAGACCUCAGUGAUCUUGUACGGCCUUCAACAGCGGACAGUGUACCAGUUGCGCGCACUGGGGAUCAGCGCCGGAGGGGACGGACAGAUGAGCCCGCCUAUUUAUUUCACACUCCUUGGCGGUCUGUUGCGAAUCGACCCCACAACAACACAGAUCUGUUACGAAGACGUGUCAUGUGAUUCCCCGUGCCAAUUUUACCACGUGUCUCAUUUAUUAACUGUUUUGAUUUUAAGUAUUUCCACCAAAUGCACGGUUAACAUUUUAUAACAUGUAUUGUGCUCGUCUGUUUUAAAAGAAAAACGAAGUCGGGAAGCCUUAUUGUCAUCGUCUGCAAGCAAAAACGGUUCAUGAUAUUUAAAUGCAAUUUGACAAUCUUUCAUUCGGAACUCCUCGGCCAUUUUUCAUCGAAAACAACAUCGGAUGCAUGCCGGUUCAUCAGUUGAAGUAGUUCGUCAAUUUUUAAAUAGUAGUAUUAUAUUUUUAGCGUAUUUCUUAUGUCUAAGUUUUAAAUGAUUGCCUGUGAAGUGUAUUAUUGCAUGAAUAAUUAAGAUUCCCAAGAGUAACGUCAUUUGGUUUAACUGCUUAACCGAAAUUACUUGCAGCGUAGUUUAAUGUUAAGAUUCCUGACAUUGUAAACCGUCCAAAUACAUCCGAGGUUGACCUCAAUGGAAAAGGACGAAGUGAUCCGAAGGAUUACUCUUAUUGCCUGAGACCAUAUGCACUUACGGAGAAGGCCCGUAACUCUUGUGUUGAGUUUCGCCUCUUAUUGCUUGAAAGAAACACAACACAAGAUAACACUCUCGCGUUAAAUCGUGCCAACAAGAGUGAUUUAUAUAAUGUUGUAAUAACUUGUUCCACAAUCGUUGUAAAAUAAAUAUGUCUAAACUAAAACACCCAUAAUUUAACUUAUUUUGACAUAAGAUGCGAGUCUGAUUCUGGAACAGAUUAUUUAUAACAGAUUCAGCACUUUUAACCAUAUUUGCUCCAUGUUAUAACACAUUUAAAACAAAAUUAAAAAUUUGCUUUUCUGAGCCUAAAUCAUGAUCUCAAUAGACAUGCUCUAGUAAAUAAGGGAGUACGGUGUUUCGUGUCCCAUUUAUUCAUUGUACACUAUCAUUGUUU